AUGCUCUCCUCCAAGCCUCGCCGGAAAGUUGUUCCGGCGGAUGACGAAGACUCCUCGGAUAAACUGGACCAGCUCCUCCUCUCCUCCGCCAUCAGCAACAACGAGGACUUAGGCCCCUUCAUCCGUAAGGCCUUCGCUUCCGGCAAGCCGGAGAGCCUUCACCACCACCUCCGGAACUUCGCUCGCUCCAAAGAAUCGGAGAUUGAAGAGGUCUGCAAGGCGCACUACCAGGAAUUCAUCCUCGCCGUGGACGACCUCCGAUCCCUCCUCUCCGACGUCGACGACCUGAAGUCAUCUCUCUCCGACUCCAACUCCAAGCUUCAGUCCGUCUCUCGCCCUCUGCUCUCAUCCCUCGACGCCUUCGUGGAAGCGCGAAACGUUUCGGAGAACGCGAACCUCGCAAUGGAAUCGAUCCGAAACUGCAUUCGGUUGGUGGAGGUUUGCACCAGAGCCAACCGCCACCUGUCCGUUGACAACUUAUACAUGGCGUUGAAGUGUGUGGACGCGAUCGAGAGUGAGUAUCUGGACAAAACGACGUCGUCGACGCUGAAGAGAAUGGUGGAGAAGAAGACACCGGAGAUUCGGGCGCACAUAGAGAGGAAGGUGAACAAGGAGUUCGGUGACUGGUUAGUUGAGAUCCGAGUUGUGAGUCGCAAUCUGGGUCAACUCGCCAUCGCUCAGGCCUCGUUGGCGAGGCAGAGAGAGGAGGAUCUCAGAAUCAAGCAGCGGCAAGCAGAGGAACAAAGCCGGCUUAGUGUGAGGGACUGCGUUUAUACGUUGCAGGAAGAGGAAGAAGAAGAGGAAGAUGUGGACGCCGGCGGUAGCGGGAUUGGAGAGGAUGGUAAUGGCGGCGGUGGAGGAUUUGAUUUGACUCCGUUGUAUAGGGCUUACCAUAUACACCAGACGUUAGGGUUUGAGGAUCGGUUUAAGCGGUAUUAUUUCGAGAACCGGAAGCUUCAAUUGACAUCGGAUUUUCAGGUAUCUUCGAUGACGCCUUUUCUUGAGUCCCAUCAAACUUUCUUUGCACAGAUUGCGGGUUUCUUUAUAGUGGAGGAUCGUGUUUUGAGGACUGGUGGCGGUUUGAUAUCGAAAAUGGAAGUUGAGAGUUUGUGGGAAACUGCAGUUAGCAAAAUGUGUUCUGUGCUUGAGGAUCAGUUCUCCAGGAUGCAAACUGCUAAUCAUCUCUUGCUUAUUAAGGACUAUGUGAGUCUAUUGGGAGUCAACCUGCGAAGAUAUGGGUACCCCAUUGAUGCCUUGCUUCAUGUUUUGAUCAAGCAUAGGGAUAAAUACCAUGAACUGCUGUUGUCGGAUUGUAGGAAGCAGAUUGCUGAGGCACUCGCUGCUGAUAAGUUUGAGCAGAUGUUGAUGAAGAAAGAGUAUGAGUAUUCCAUGAAUGUGCUUUCUUUUCAAAUACAAGCCUCGGAUAUCAUACCGGCUUUUCCUUAUGUAGCACCAUUUUCAUCAACUGUGCCAGAUUGUUGCCGCAUUGUGCGGUCUUUCGUUGAGGAUUCUGUGAGCUUCAUGUCAUAUGGGGGGCAUCUAGAGUUCUAUGAAGUUGUUAAGAAAUAUUUAGACAGGCUUUUGAGCGAGGUUCUGGAUGGGGCUUUGUUGAAGCUUAUUAGUACUUCAGUUCACGGUGUCUUCCAGGCAAUGCAAGUAGCAGCAAAUAUGGCUGUAUUGGAGCGUGCAUGUGAUUUUUUCUUUAGACAUGCCGCACAGCUUUCUGGGGUUCCCUUGAGAAUGGUGGAGAGAAGCAGGAGGCAGUUCCCUCUGAGCAAAGCUCGUGAUGCUGCAGAAGAGAUGCUCUGUGGAUUACUUAAGGCCAAGAUUGAUGGAUUCAUGACCUUGAUUGAAAAUGUAAACUGGAUGGCCGAUGACCCACCUCAGAUUGGAAAUGAAUAUGUAAAUGAGGUGAAACUUUAUUUGGAAACUUUGGUUUCAACUGCUCAACAAAUAUUGCCAGCGCCUGUCCUUAAAAGAGUUCUAAAGGAUGUUCUUUCUCACAUAUCAGAGAAGAUAGUUGGGGCUUUACUAAGUGAUUCUGUUAAGAGGUUCAAUGUGAAUGCCAUUACUGGAAUCGAUGUGGAUAUUCGGCUCUUAGAAUCAUUUGCUGAUAAUCAGGGUCCCCUUUUUUCUGAUGGGGAUAUUGAUCAGUUGAAAACAGCAUUUGCUGAGUCAAGGCAGCUAAUUAAUUUGCUAUUAAGCAAUCAUCCAGAGAACUUCCUGAAUCCGGUGAUCAGGGAGAGGAGUUACAAUACUUUGGACUACCGGAAAGUAGUGGCUAUUUUAGAAAAGUUGCGGGAUCCUUCAGAUCGGCUAUUUGGUACUUUUGGUAGUCGUGGAGCCAGGCAGAAUCCAAAAAAGAAAUCACUGGAUACAUUGAUAAAAAGACUGAGGGAUGUUAGCUGAUCGAGCUUAAAGCUGUAUGUAAGAUAAUUUUAUUUUAUUGUUUUCUUUUUAGUUUUGUUGAUAAAAUUAUUUGGUUAAGUUCAG